GCCCCUGCGGCCGGCGCCUCCCGCUGCUGCCCGAGGAAGCCAUGGCCCGAGACGCGCGCGGGCCGUACCUGUGGAUAUGCCUGGCCGCAGCGUUGGCGUCCUUCCUGGCUGGAUUUACGGUGGGUUGGCUUAGUAAGCCUCUCAAAGAUCUGGGCACUUCAGCAGACAGUCACCAGAAUCUAAGGUGGAAACUGAUAUCUGAGAUGAAAGCUGAUAAUAUAAAAUCAUUUCUUCGUUCGUUUACAAAGUUACCUCAUCUGGCAGGAACGGAACAAAAUUUAUUGCUUGCCAAGAAAAUCCAGAGUCAGUGGAAGAAAUUUGGACUGGAUUCAGCCGAGUUGGUGCACUAUGACGUUCUCCUGUCUUACCCUAAUGAGACAGAUGCCAGCUACAUAUCAGUCACGGAUGAACAUGGAAUUGAGAUUUUCAAUACAUCAUACGUUGAGCCACCACCAGACGGAUAUGAGAAUGUUAAGAAUAUUGUACCACCCUACAAUGCCUUUUCACCCCCGGGUGAGCCAGAGGGGGAGCUUGUAUAUGUGAACUACGCUCGUACUGAAGACUUUUUCAAACUAGAAAGAGAGAUGAACAUCAACUGCACUGGAAAGAUUGUUAUUGCAAGAUAUGGGAAAAUCUUCAGAGGAAACAAAGUUAAAAAUGCCAUGUCGGCAGGAGCCAAGGGAAUCAUCUUGUACUCAGAUCCAGCUGACUACUCUGCUCCUGGGGUACAGCCAUAUCCCAAAGGGUGGAACCUUCCUGGAACUGCAGCCCAGAGAGGGAAUGUGUUAAAUCUGAAUGGUGCUGGUGACCCCCUCACUCCAGGCUAUCCAGCUAAAGAGUAUGCCUUCAGACUUGAUGUUGAAGAUGGAGUGGGAAUUCCCCAAAUCCCCGUACAUCCCAUUGGAUAUAAUGAUGCAGAAAUACUAUUACGCUAUUUGGGAGGAAUUGCUUCACCAGAUGAGAGCUGGAAGGGAGGUCUUAACGUGAGUUACAACAUUGGGCCUGGCUUUAUAGGACAUGAUUCUUUCAGGAAGGUUAGAAUGCAUGUCUAUAAUAUCAAUAAAAUCACAAGGAUUUACAAUGUAAUCGGAACUAUCAGAGGAUCUGUGGAACCUGACAGGUAUGUUAUUCUGGGAGGUCAUCGGGACUCCUGGGUAUUUGGAGGCAUUGACCCAACCAGUGGGGCUGCUACUUUGCAAGAAGUUGCCCAGAGUUUUGGGAAACUGCUGAGUAGUGGCUGGAGACCAAGAAGAACAAUCAUUUUUGCCAGCUGGGAUGCAGAAGAAUUUGGACUUCUGGGUUCUACAGAAUGGGCUGAGGAGAAUGUAAAAACACUCCAGGAGCGAAGCGUUGCUUAUAUCAACUCAGAUUCAUCUAUAGAAGGCAAUUAUACUCUCAGAGUUGACUGUACACCCCUUCUUCAUCAAUUGGUGUAUAAACUGACAAAAGAGAUCUCCAGCCCUGAUGAUGGUUUUGAGAGUAAAUCUCUUUAUGAAAGCUGGUUAGCAAAGGACCCUUCAUCAAAAAGUAAAACUUUGCCUAGAAUCAGCAAGCUGGGAUCUGGAAGUGAUUUUGAAGCCUAUUUUCAGAGACUUGGGAUUGCUUCAGGAAGAGUCCGUUACACUAAGAAUAGGAAAACAGAUACUUACAGCAGCUAUCCAGUAUACCAUACAAUUUAUGAGACAUUUGAAUUGGUAGAGAAGUUUUAUGACCCCACGUUUAAAAAACAGCUUGCUGUGGCUCAGCUACGAGGAGCAUUGGUUUAUGAGCUUGCAGACUCUAAAGUCAUUCCUUUCAAUAUUCAAGACUAUGCAAAAACUUUGGAAAACUAUGCAAGAAGUAUCUAUAACUUAUCCAGGAAACAUGAGCAAGCAUGUAGACACCAUGGAAUAUCAUUUGAGUCCUUAUUUUCUGCUGUGAAAAACUUCUCAGAAGCUGCUUCAGAUUUCCACAGAAGACUUUCACAAGUUGAUCUGAAUAACCCCAUGGCAGUGAGAAUCCUGAAUGACCAGCUGAUGUUUCUUGAAAGAGCGUUCAUUGAUCCUCUUGGUUUACCAGGGAGGCCGUUCUAUAGGCACGUCAUCUUUGCUCCAAGCAGCCACAACAAAUAUGCUGGUGAAUCAUUUCCUGGCAUCUUUGAUGCUAUGUUUGAUAUUGAAAAUAAAGCAGAUCCUCGUUCAGCCUGGAAAGAAGUGAAGAAACACAUUUCUAUUGCAGCCUUUACAAUUCAAGCAGCGGCAGGAACUCUGAAAGAAUCCUUAUAGUAAAGUCUCAGGUAACUGGCUGCCAUUAAAGGUCUGAGGAUAAAGUCCAUCUUUCUGAUAACACAUGAAGCCAGAGUAUGCUAAAAUUUUGCUUUUCAUGUCACGUUUUGACUUUAGACUUCCAGCUUGUUCAUCUGUAAAGAGAUUUUUGGCUCUGAAAAUUUAAAACUUCAUCAUCAAAGUGCUAAUCCAAUAAAACAAACCAAAGAACUUCAUCAGUUGUAGUAGAAUGGAGUAAGAAAUGGCAACCCACUCCAGUGUUCCUGCCUGGAAAGUACCACGGACAGGGAAGCCUGGCUGGCUACAGUCCAAGGACAUGACUGAGCACAGAUAUGCAUAUGGAGAAAGAGAUAAAGUAAAUGAAAAUUCCCCAAAAUAAAAUAUGGCAAGGAACUUCAACUCUUUAGACAUUGUUGUCUAGAAUGUAAAACAGUACAACCACUUCAGAAAACAGUCUGAACUGUUUUUAUAAAGUUUUUAUAAAACUUUUUUAUAAAGUUAAAUAUAUACUUAUAGCUCAAAUUCUACUUCUAGGUAUUUACUAAGGAAAAGUAAAAACAUGAUCACCAAGACUCUUGGCAUGUUCAUUGCAACUUAAUGUACAAAUAAUUGUAAGGAAAGAUUGAAGGCAGGACGAGGAGGGGAUGACAGAGGAUGAGAUGGCUGGAUGGCAUCACCGACUCAAUGGACGUGAGUUUGAGUAAACUCUGGGAGCUGGUGACAGACAGGGAGGCCUGGCGUGCUGCAGUCCAUGGGGCUGCAGGGUCGGGCAUGACUGAGCAACUGAACUGAACUGAAUGUAAACGUCCAUCAAUAGAUGAAUGAAUAAACUGUUGAAUGGACUAUGACUCAGCAAUAAAAUGGAGGAAUUGCCAGUCCAUGUAACAUUAUUGGCAGACAUUGUCGAGGGCAAGAAGCCAGACGCAAAAGAAUGCUUAGUAUGAGAUUCUACUUAAUACACGAAGAAGCAAAACUAAUCUAUGGUAUUAGAAAUUAGAUCAGUGAUUGCAUGGGUCAAGUAAGGGUCAGGGAGGUUUGCAGCACAGAGGGAAGUUUCUGGCAUUAUGGGACUUUUCUCUAUCAUGAUCUGGAUGAUGUUUACACAGGUAUACACAUUUGUCAAACCUCAUCAAAUUGUACACUUAAAAUGUAUAACAAUGAUACCUUAAUAAAUGUUAUUACCAAGAAAAAAAAUCUGGCAAGGAAAUUGGAAUAGCUUAGCUUUCCAUCUAUUCUCAUAAUUUUUAGUUUAGAAAAAAGUCAGUUAUUGAAGAAAACAUUGGAAUUUUGCCUUUCUCUCUGCAUUACCAGAUCUAAUAAAUAUCUUAAAAUUUAGCAGAAUACAUCAUUUUUUCCUAAAAGCAAAGUAACUGUAUUGUC